GUUUUUCUCCGCUCAUAGCCACUAAAAUACAAAACACCACCACCGUCCGUUUACAGUCUCUCUAGAAGCAGCCGGCGGACAACACCAUUUUACAAACGUUAUUGUUUGUUCCGACCCUCUAUGUUUCUUCCGAGACUGACUGAGAUCACGUCGCAUUUAACGGGAAAAAUAUUAUUUUUGUUUGAAUUUUAAGGAUAACUAUCAACACCUGCCUUUGUUAGCAAGUUAGCCUCGCGUGGCUCCUCAUCCUUAAUUCUCUCUCUCUGUUAUAUUCUGGUUUGUUUUAUUUUCUUUUACCAUUUAUUCAGUCAAACAGCAGUUGUAGCUACACCCGUGCUAACGGAGCAGCUCUUUGUUCGUGCUUCGGAAAACACCAGCACCGCCUUGCAGUGAUGAUGAGGAUAAUGAUGGUUAUGAAGAGGAGACAGAGCUGAGAGCUGAGUGUGUGUGGUUGUGUUGCGUUCACACUGGGAGCAGGAAGAACCCCCCUCCCCCACACACACUGCAUCCAUGUUCUCCCCCGACCAGGAAAACAUCUCCACGUCGUCAACCAAAGUGCCAGUCAAAUAUGGAGAGCUCAUUGUGCUUGGGUAUAAUGGCUCUCUACCCAACGGGGACCGCGGAAGAAGGAAGAGCAGGUUUGCACUCUCCAAAAGACCAAAAUCCAAUGGCGUCAAACCCAGCACUGUACACGUAGCCUGCACUCCACAGGCUGCCAAGGCCAUAAGUAACAAGGAUCAGCACAGUAUUUCCUACACGUUGUCCCGUGUACAGACAGUGGUGGUGGAGUACACUCAAGAUAGCAAUACAGACAUGUUUCAGAUUGGCCGCUCAACCGAGAGUCCUAUAGAUUUUGUGGUGACUGACACGGUUCCCGGGAGUCAGAGCAACUCUGAUACUCAGUCCGUUCAGAGCACCAUAUCUCGCUUUGCAUGCCGGAUCAUGUGUCAGCGAACACCCCCUUAUACCGCCCGCAUCUAUGCCGCCGGAUUCGACUCCUCCAAGAACAUCUUCCUAGGGGAGAAAGCCGCAAAGUGGAAGACAUCGGAUGGCCAGAUGGACGGUCUGACUACUAACGGCGUGUUGGUAAUGCAUCCUCGCCUUGGUUUCACAGAGGACUCCAAACCUGGUGUGUGGAGAGAGAUUUCAGUGUGCGGAAACGUGUUCACCCUGAGAGAGACACGCUCUGCUCAGCAGCGAGGGAAAAUGGUGGAGAAUGAGACUCAAGAGUUAGUGGAUGGCUCUCUGAUCGAUCUCUGUGGAGCGACUCUCUUGUGGCGUACUGCAGAAGGGCUUUCCCGCACUCCCACCGUCAAACACUUGGAGGCGCUCCGGCAAGAGCUGAACGCCGCUCGUCCCCAGUGUCCCGUGGGUUUCAACACCCUCGCUUUCCCCAGCAUGCGGCGGAAGGACAUCGUGGAUGAGAAGCAACCCUGGGUCUACCUAAACUGCGGUCACGUUCACGGCUACCACAACUGGGGCAACCGUGACGCAGAGCGAGACGGCAGGGAGGGCCGUGAGCGGGAAUGUCCCAUGUGCCGAGCUCGUGGGCCGUAUGUGCCACUGUGGCUGGGCUGCGAGGCAGGGUUUUAUCUGGAUGCAGCCCCUCCUACUCACGCAUUCAGUCCGUGCGGUCACGUGUGCUCAGAAAAAACAGCAGCUUAUUGGAGUCAAAUCCCUCUUCCUCACGGAACGCACACCUUCCACGCAGCCUGUCCUUUCUGCGCCCAGCAGCUCAGUGGCGAGCAGGGAUUCAUCAGACUGAUCUUCCAGGGGCCUGUGGAUUAAACACACCUGCCCAUUUGACAAACAUUAGUCAGGCAUUUCUGUUUUUACUUAGAAUUUGAUUUUAUAAAGAUGACAUUUUCUGCACUCUCAGACUGUUCCUCCCUUUCUGGUUUGUAAGUGACCUUUAUAAUGAUUUUCAAAUACCGAUAAGAAACAAAAGUAUAUAUUUUCAAAUAAAAUUAUUAUAAAAGCGAAAAAAAAAAAAAAAAAAAAAAACAUUAGACCUCUGCAGAAGAGAAGAGCACAUGCACACCCAGAUUUGAGCAUUCUGAUUGGGUGGCUCUGCGAUUCAUUUGAAGCAGUGGGCGUGGCCGUUACAGAUGGUGACCUGUACAGUGUUUAUUUACUACUUAACAGUAAUACUCAGCAUUAGAGGGGCAAUACACCAUCCAUGUAUGUUUAUGAUGAGCUUACAGACGAGUCUAUCUGUACUCUAUACAAUAUUUCACAGCAUUUCAUAAACCGUAAACCGUUUUCCAUAUAUGUCUAUAACUUAAAAAAUACGUAAUGUUUUUUUAUUUAUACACUAUCAAUGUUUAUCAAAGAUAAAAUUUAUAGGUGUGUUUUUGGGGAGUUAAGUUCUAUGUAGCUGUUUUUUGUUUUCUCUUUAUUGUGAGUCUCUUCCAUUUGUAGGCUUCACUAUAGCAUUCAGAUUUUUCCUCUCUUGUUCUCAUAUAUGUAGGUAACAUGAUUGUGUGAGUGAAAUCUCUGCGAUCGUGGACCAAUGAGGUCAUGCUCAGAGAAAUGUUCUUGCUGAACUCCAGAAAGCUCAAGAGGCCUAAGAAUCUUCACCUCCCUUUAAGCACAGGCAAAAACCACAUGCCCUGACAAUGAGUGGUCACAAAAUUGUGUGUGCUUAAGUGUCCUUGUAAGGUCCCUGUUUUCUGUUUGAGUCUUUUCUAUGUAGAUGACUACCCUUGUUUGGAUAUUUUGGGGACGCUGGGAAGUAAUUUCCAUCUGUAUAGUGCAAAAAGCAGCACUAACCUCUGGAAAACCCUUUACCUCUUUUAUAGGUCAGUUUUAGUCUAUCUUAAUUUGCAAAUUGAGAUGUGAUUAGUUUUGUACCUAACAGCUACUGGGACUUUGAUUGCAGUAGAAAGGGUCAUUUUCUCCAUGUUAAGUUUAAAACCAAUAUUAAACAAUAUUUUCAAAAUACAUGACACUCCCGUGAGCAAGAAACUAAAUAGUUAAUACUUACAAUGCCAUUCAAAGUUUGGGGCCAGUAAGACACUUUUAUUUUUUUUCAGUACUUUUAUUCAACAAUGAUGUUUAAUUGUUCAAAAGUGACAGGAAAGAAAUUUGUUACAACAGAUUUCGAUUUCAAAUAAAUGCUAUUAUCCUUAACCCUAACCCUUUCUAUUUAUAAAAAAAAAAAAAAAAAAAAUCACAAAAAUAUUAAGCAGUACAAAUGUUUUUAACAUUCACAAUAAGAAAUCUUUCCUGGGCACAAAAUCAGCAUAUUAGUAUGCUUUCUGAAGGUUCAUGUAACACUAAAGACUGGAGUAAUGGCAGCUUAGCCAUCACAGGAAAAAAUUACAUUAAAAUAUUAAAACUAUGAAAGUUUAAUCACACAAAUGCAGCUUUUGUGAGCUUAAGAGAUGUCGAAAAUCCUGCUGACCUCAAACUUUUGAACGGUAGUGUUUUUCAAAAGCCAUAUGACCUGUUUAUUCUGUGGAAGACGAAAGGGGAUUCAUAUAGCAGUCCACGCUGCUCUUUUCCAUACAGCGUGAUACAAGCUUAAAUGUCAGUCUAUUCCUCACAAAUCGUAUAUAUAUACUUUUUUCAGUGAAUUUAAGGUCCCCUAGAAAAAAUGAACUUUUUUGUGUAUGUAUAUGUGAUGAGUAUGCUAAUAUAUUUGAAUUUGUAAUGACAUUUUUGACUGUUUGAUUUCAUGUACAUGCUGUGGUAUGUACUGUGUGAAUGUUAAAUGUGCUGUACUGUGUUACAUGUAAGAAUCUGGAGAGCGUUCGCUGAGUCUCAAGGGUCGAGAAUCCCAGGACUGUGUGUGAAGUGGAUUCUCUGCCUGAGGAGUCCAAGCUCGACUUCCAGAGAUCAUUCAGUUCCUGCUGUUCUGAACAGCAACCAGACAUGGCAUACUGGUGCAGUUUUCACCUCAGGGAGUUUCCUCCAUCCUGACCACCAGGGCAUGUGUUCAUGAAGUAUUUCAGAUCCAGACAGUUGUUCUGGUCUUUUGUGUGUGGGGAGAUCUAGACCACACUCUACUCAAAGUGCUACGAGCGAAUAUGAAGCUUAAUCAUGCAACAGACAUAACUCUUAACCUUAUUUUUUAUUUUUUUUUAGGAUGCUUCAUUAGCUAAAUAAUUCUCCAUGUGCUCGUGUUUGUUCCCCCCCAAGUAUUGAGCAAACACACUAGAUUUGUUAAGACACAUUUGAGUUUUUAAGGUCAUCACUCUUUUGUCUCUGUAGAGACGGCAGAUAUAAAGGGCUUUUUUAUUUUCAUUUUCUGUUUGUUUGUUUGAGUUCUUUGACAUGUCUCUUGUCACUUUGGUCUAACCAGUCUGCAUGAUCCUAGUAUGUGUGUGUGUGUGUGUGUGUGUGUGUGAAAGGGAGUGCCUGUUCUGGAAAAUUAGAAUACAUAAAGGCAAAUGCUGAGAAUGUUUCUGAUUUACCAUUUUGUACCAACUUUAAACUAAUAAAAUUUUAAAAAGCA